UUCACAUCCUUCGAUCGGCCUCCCUAACUAACUGAUCUCGAUCAGAAUCAUUCCCCAAAUUGAAAAUAGAUCAAUUCUUAGAAUUGAAAUGGGGAGAAUGAAGAAUUCAUGGAUCAGUGCAACCUCAGAUUAUUAUUUUGCAGCAUCAGUAGUACCUCCAUUGGAAAGCCACGAGGAUCAGAUCUUCACCAGCACGAAGCAGCAGAAGAAGAAGAAGAAGAAGAAGAAGAAAUGUCCGUUGCUUGCAGGUUUCAGGAAUCUGAUGGACUGUGGUGCCUCUGAUAAUAAUAAUAAGAGACGUGGAGAAGUGAAGAUGAAGAAGAUGAUACAGCAGAGGAAGAAGAGGAGAGCUGACGGUUUCAUCGUCCACAUCAAGUGUUUCUCUACAGCUUCCACUCAGAUCAUCAUCUCCCAAUCGGAAAACCCUAAAUUCACAUUCUGCAAGAGAAGCGAUAAGAGGACUGGCGAAUUAUUUAACGACAAAACCCAAAUGAUGAAGUUGCCUAUUUGCUCGCAAUGUGGGAAGGCAUUCGAUCCACACAAACUCGUCACACACAUUCAAUUUUGCUCUUCGUAUAAAUUAUUGAAAUAAUAUUAGAUAAAUAAUGUAUUAUAUCAAUAAACAUCUUACGGAAAAAAUACAAAUAUUGUUCAAAUUAAUCAAUAAU